AUCGUUUUUGCGUAUUUUUUUUAAUGAAGAUCUUUGGUCUUUUGCUGAUUAUAGUUAUAGUGUCAUGUACAAACAAUCAACAUAGACUUAAUUACACAAAGUAGAGAUCGAUGACAGCUGUAAUGGCAGAAGUGGAAAUGAAGAUAAAAUCUCAUUCUCCAUUGGAUGCUGUUUUAAACAUUCUAACAUAAUUUAGAGAUUCUGUAAAUGAAGAAUAAGUAAAUCAUGAUUAAAUCUUCAAUUUGGAAUAAAAUGAAUGUUAGAGUGAAUAUGAAUUUAGAAAUGCAGAGAUUCAAAAUGCCAAGAGUACAUUGAGAGAUUCAAAUGCUCAAUUAAGUACAUGCCAAUAUUUAAAAAUGAGAACGACAGAAUAAUAGUAGGUGAAUUAGUAAUAAGAGAAUACAUUUUAGUAACAUCUAAACACAAUAUUGACAACAGCAGAAUCAGAAUAAGGAUACUUUAAGAAGAGAAGUAGAUAAUAUGAAGAUUCAUUACAUUCAAUAGAUGAAGCAUUGACAAUAUUGGAAGGAAUAUCAAAUGGAUAUCGAAGCUUUUCUGAAUUAAGUAAAGUAAGUCAAAGAAUGUUAUAAACAUCAUUUGAUAUAAAUAAAACAGGAAUUUAUGCUCCAAUUUUUAAUGCAUUUAUAGGUUUGGCUAAUUAAGGAGAAUCUGUUGAUUUAAGUUCAUUAUAGUAAGUGGAACAUUUACUAAAUGAUUUAAGAUCAACAAUUCAAGAGUCAUUUAAUUAAUUUACAGAAUCUAAUGCUUAAAGUGUUGGAUUAUUUAAUCUCUAAUAAGAGAAAGUGAAAAAAGUAUUAGCUAGAUUAUAAUAAUAAUAUGAAAGAUAAUAAGCAAAAUUAGAUAAGUCAUAGGCUUGUAUUGGAGUGUAAUCAGCAGUUUCUAAUUCUGCAUUGUCAAAAUAAUAAAGAAAUGAAUAAUUAUUAGAUUAAGCUUAAAGUUUAUGUUAAACUUUUGAGAGUGAGUAUAAUUUAAGUACAUAGUCAAGAAGAAAUGAGAUUUAAUUAGUAAAUCAAUUAGAGUAGAUGGUUAGAUAGAGAUUCGAAGUUGUUUAAGAAGAGAAAGUAGUAUUAAGACAAUUUGCAAAAUUGAAAUAUUGAGU